GCCGGUCUAGCCAAACCUGCCAUUCUCCCCUCAAAUCCCUAGUUCUCACUUCUCACUCCUCACUCGGUCACUCCUUCUCCACGGUUUUAUUUCUCUCGCCAUUCUCGGCUCUCUCCUUCUCCAGGAUUCCACUCCACAGGCCACAGCCAGAAUCUCUCAUUCUCUCCUUCUCCGCGAUUCCCUUCUCAAAUCUCAGUUCUCACAGACCACCAUUAAACGGCCUGACAGUGACGGAUUUCCACUUCUCCGACUCUAAUCUCCGACGCCCUCAGUUUUCCACGUCUCCAGUUCUCCGUCCACCGACGCCAACGCCCUCGCUUAUUCUCCGCCGCUCACACUCUCUCUGGUUUUCCGCCUCUCACCCCCUUUGGCCCUCAGUGACUCUCACAGCCUCUCCGUCCGGCUCUCUGACUUCUCACACUCGAGUCUCGACUUCGCCCCCGCUCAGUCACUUCCGAGUAUGGUGGUGCUGAAGAGGUAUGUUUUGCGAUUGUUCAUAUCUUUGAAGUACAUAACUGCAAAUGUAGUAGACAGGAAUAAUGGUCGGAUAGUUGCAACAGCAUCUAGUGUUGAACAAUCACUCAAGAACUCAUUUGAAUGUGGGCGGACCUGCAAUGCCAAGGCUGCAGCAGCUGUGGGAGAAGUAUUGGCGAUGCGCCUUAAAGUGGAUGGCCUUGAUCAGGGAGGGGGAAGCGGAAUCCAUGUCAACGUAAACAAGGAGGUUGAGAAGAAGGGUUUCAAGAACCGCACAAAGGUCUGGGCUAUAGUAAAUGGCCUUAAGAACAACGGAGUUAAACUUGUCUUGGAUGAUGACGCUUUUCAUGAAGCUUCCGGCCCAAGCAAUUGAUGAACCGCGUAAACCCCCAUGUUUCAAAUGCCGAGGAACGUUAACCCCAAACUUGGUGCAAACUUGCAUAUAGUGCUACCUAACUAACUUGUGUUAGUUUCUACACUGAAUCUUUAUUACACUGAUGAUGUUUUGGGAUCUAAGAGAGUUGACCCCAAUAAGGCCUAACCCCACUGCUUUGCUUACUUUUAAGUAAUGAUGGGUGAUUCUUUUUCCAAAUAUCCAAAAAAAGAAAAAGGAACCAAGAAAAUCCUUUUUCACAAAGUGAAAGUAAACACUGCUAGUCAAAGAGACCAUAAAAGCUAUAGAGCAGCCAUGUUGCUUUUUCUGUUAUUGAUUCAGCCUCAAAAGUGAAGCUACUUAAAGUUGAAAUAUACAGUCCCUUCUUUA